CGCACUCGCCCGGCCCUUUGUCAUCACGCACUGCUGGGAGCUCACACUUCUUCCAGCCUCCCGCGGGCUCUGGACUUGACUCUGACUGCAGCGCCNGCCUCUGGGACGCGGAUCUAGGGCCUUUGUCCCGAGCUGCGGGAUGCGCGGGAAGCGCCACGCAGCGGAAUAGCUGUGAGUCCAGGAAGCGGAUCCCAGAGUCGAGGAGCGCUGCCCAGCCUUGCUGGGUGAAUUUGGGGAUGGAUGCGAGACCUCAGAGUACGAGCAGUUCCUACCCGGCUGUGUGAAGUGUGGCUGUGCCAGCCCUCCUAAUUGUGAAGACCUGUCACUGAAGACAGAGACUGGACAGGCCCAGUUCAGCCUACUGGGUUCCAGGAGUGGAUUGAAGCCUUAGCAGGACCAUGAGCGAGGACACAGUCCCCGAGGCGGCCUCCCCNCCACCCUCUCAGGGGCAGCACUACUUUGACCGGUUCUCUGAAGAUGAUCCUGAGUACUUGCGACUUCGCAACCGUGCAGCUGACCUGCGACAGGACUUCAACUUGAUGGAGCAGAAGAAGAGGGUCACCAUGAUCCUGCAGAGCCCUUCUUUCAGGGAGGAGCUGGAAGGCCUCAUCCAGGAGCAAAUGAAGAAGGGCAACAACUCCUCCAACAUCUGGGCCCUCCGACAGAUCGCGGACUUCAUGGCCAGCACCUCCCACGCAGUCUUCCCAGCUUCUUCCAUGAACUUCUCCAUGAUGACACCCAUCAACGACCUCCACACUGCCGACUCCCUGAACCUGGCCAAGGGGGAGAGGCUUAUGCGGUGCAAGAUCAGCAGNGUCUACCGUCUCCUGGACCUCUACGGCUGGGCGCAGCUCAGUGACACCUACGUCACGCUGAGAGUGAGCAAGGAGCAGGACCACUUCCUGAUCAGCCCCAAGGGAGUUUCCUGCAGCGAGGUCACAGCCUCCAGCCUGAUUAAGGUGAACAUUCUGGGAGAGGUGGUGGAGAAGGGCAGCAGUUGCUUCCCGGUGGACACCACGGGCUUCAGUCUGCACUCAGCCAUCUANGCCGCCAGGCCCGACGUGCGGUGUGCCAUCCACCUGCACACGCCUGCCACCGCAGCGGUGUCAGCUAUGAAGUGCGGCCUCCUGCCGGUCUCCCAUAAUGCCCUGCUGGUGGGGGACAUGGCCUACUAUGACUUCAAUGGGGAAAUGGAGCAGGAAGCUGACCGAAUCAACUUGCAGAAGUGCCUUGGACCCACCUGCAAGAUUCUGGUGCUAAGAAACCAUGGCAUGGUCGCCCUGGGUGACACCGUGGAGGAAGCUUUCUACAAGGUCUUCCAUCUGCAGGCUGCGUGUGAGGUACAGGUGUCGGCUCUGUCCAGUGCCGGGGGCACUGAGAACCUCAUCCUCUUGGAGCAAGAGAAACACCGGCCGCACGAGGUGGGNUCUGUGCAGUGGGCCGGCAGCACCUUCGGGCCCAUGCAGAAGAGCCGGCUGGGAGAGCAUGAGUUUGAAGCACUCAUGAGGAUGCUGGACAAUUUAUGGAUGAAGGCUGAUGAAGUGGAAAAGUCCAGCAGCGGCAUGCCCAUACGGAUCGAAAACCCAAACCAAUUUGUGCCUCUCUACACUGACCCCCAGGAAGUUCUGGACAUGAGGAACAAGAUUCGAGAGCAAAACCGACAAGACAUAAAGUCAGCCGGGCCUCAGUCUCAGCUCUUGGCCAGUGUCAUCGCCGAGAAGAGCCGGAGUCCGUCUACAGAGAGCCAGCUGAUGUCCAAGGGCGAUGCAGAUACCAAAGAUGAAUCGGAGGAGACGGUGCCCAACCCCUUCAGCCAACUCACUGACCAGGAGCUGGAGGAGUACAAGAAGGAGGUGGAAAGGAAGAAGCUAGAACAGGAGCAGGAAGGGGAGAAGGACAUAGCCACAGAGAAGCCUGGUUCACCUGUAAAGUCCACACCUGCAUCCCCAGUGCAGAGCCCAUCAAAAGCCGGGACCAAGAGCCCAGCGGUCUCUCCUUCCAAGACUUCGGAGGAUACCAAGAAGACAGAAGUCAGCGAAGCCAACACAGAGCCUGAGCCAGUGAAACCAGAAGGGGUGGUGGUGAAUGGGAAGGAGGAGGAGCCGAGCGUAGAAGAGGCCCUCAGCAAAGGACUGGGCCAGAUGACCACCAACGCUGACACUGAUGGCGACAGCUACAAGGACAAAACCGAGUCAGUUACCAGCGGCCCCUUGUCCCCAGAGGGCUCGCCCUCUAAGUCACCCUCCAAAAAGAAAAAGAAAUUCCGAACCCCCUCGUUCCUGAAGAAAAGCAAGAAGAAGGAGAAGGUGGAAUCCUGAUUAGUGGCUCUGUGGGUCCUGCUGCAUCCCUGCCCUCCUUCCUUACCCUUCUCCCAACUCUGCCCCUGGAGCAUAGGGCCAAGGAGGGAUGGAGGAGGUCCUGGGAUCACACUCAGAGGGGAACUUAGAGCCUGCCUUCCCAGAGCAACCAGGGGUCUUGUCCAUAGUCACAGUUAGUUGGCAGCAGAGCCUGCCCUAGAUUUGAGCUUCCUGAUUCCCAUGGCCAUGGUCAUGCUCUGCCCUGUUUUCAACACUGCCUAGUCUGGGCUGCCUAUGUUAGGACACCACCUGCCCACCUGAGCCCAGGGUAGGAAGGCCAAACACCAGGCAAGGUCAUGGAUGCUCACAGACCAAGGUUUCUUCUGAAUAAGGUCCAUCUCUUCCCAGGAAUCCUGNCUCCUGCUGAUGGAGCAAUCUCCACAGCAAGAAGCCAUGCUUCUCUCUUCCAUUUUGGGUCCCUGGCCCCCCANCCCCCAGCUCAAAGUAACCNGGCAGACUGAUAUGUCCCCACCAAUAGAAGUUAAUCUUUGAUCCCCAGGCUGAUGGCUUAGCUUGCGCUUUUCCAAACACUAACCCUGAGCUUUCUCCAUGGAACCCAUUGAGUGAGUGAUGGAUGGAAGAACUCUAAGAG